AUGUUAUCGGUCGGCCAAGCAACAUCGAUUAUUGGCGAUCCUACCGGACUAAAAAAAUCAAGAGUACCCCUGUCGGCUAGCGCGUGUGCUAACAACUCUGAAAUUUUUCGGGACGCGCUUCUAUUCAUGCAAAAUAAUUUUACUGAGCAGUUUUUGCCUCGCUUUAAAUCCGUCCGAGACCCUGGGAAGUUCAACGUGAUGAAUAAUUUGGAUUGGAAUAAGAAUGCAAAACUACUAGAUUUUGUUGAGGAUAUAGCUGGCUUUUUGCGGUACCAGGAAUUGGCCCAUAAAGACAGUGUUAAGCUCCGGGAAUCCUGUGGAUCAGGCAUGAGUAUGAAGGAAUUCAUGUAUCCUAUGAUACAAGCCUAUGACUUUUUUCAUCUCUAUCAAAACUACGGCUGCUGUGUCCAGCUUGGAGGUAACGAUCAGGUUGGCAAUAUUGACACUGGAAUCGCUCUUAUACGACGCAAGACUGGUGCAAAUGUUUUUGGUUUGACAGUUCCUCUACUUGUGGCAGCAGACGGAUCAAAAAUAGGCAAAACUUCUUCGGCUUCUCAAGACGACGUGAUCUGGCUGAGCUCGAAGAAACUUCGCCCAUUUCACUUCUUCCAAAAACUUCUGAAUCAGCCCGAUAGCCUGAUGACUUCAAGCUUUAUCCGAAGUCUGUCAUUUUUCUCUCCAGAUGAAGUUACCCAGUUGCUCACUGAUCAAAAGGCUUGCCCAUCACGUCGCCCGAUUCAGCGCGCUUUGGCACAGGAACUAACUCUCCUUGUUCACGGAGCGGGUUCCUUGCAGGCCAGUGAGCUAGCCUCGCGUGUGCUCUACGCUUCAAGUUCAGUUAACCAAACUCGACUUCCACCAAUGCAAGCUCUCUCAGAGGGUCUCACCUCGACCGAACGGAAUUUCCUUGUCGCCUGUCUAGCGCACUAUACGGCCCCUCUAGAAAGUCCCAUUCCCGUCAUCCAUGACAAAGCUACCGUCAGUGCGGGACCCCUUGACCGCCUGCACGAGGUUCUUAAGAUUGCGGUGUCAAGUGAGUGUGAUAGGGGCACCUCGCUGUCCGUUGAGGAAGGCGGCGUCGUUUUGAACGGUCAACAGAUCCUCAAACCCACACCGGGUGCCAGUAAGAAGCAGUGCAACUGCACGCAACGAAUGUGUAUUCGUGACCUCUUUGUUUCCUCGGAGUCGGCUAUUGCAGAAGCUUGGCAGGCGGCCGAUCCUGUCACCGGAUUUAGCAUUCUUCGAAUCGGUAAACCUUUGGCAUUUUUGUGA